AUGGGGAAAAAAUGGACAUACUGUGCUGUCUAUUCCAUCAUCCAGAUACAUUUUGUCAGGGAUCUUUGGGAAAACAAUGCAGAAGAAGACAUUUAUGCAUUACCUGGUUCUGAUGUCAACCUGACCUGCCAAAAACAGAAGAAAGGCUUCUUGGUGCAGAUGCAGUGGUCCAAGGUCACUGAUAAGUUGGACCUGAUUACCCUUUAUCAUCCCCAACAUGGCUUUUACUGUGCCAGUGGGAGCCCCUGUGAGUCGCUGGUGGCUUUCAGAGAAGCUCCCAGGAAUGUGUCAAAGUGGACUCUGCACUUAAGGAACAUGUCCUCCUUGCUCACUGGGAAGUAUGAGUGUAGCUUCACUCUGUAUCCAGAGGGCAUUCAGACGAAAAUCUACCACCUACAGAUUCAGACAAAUGUUACACAGGAUGAAUGGAGAAGCAACCAUACAAUAGAAAUAGAGAUAAAUCAGACUCUGGAAAUACCAUGCUUUCAAAAUAUCUCCUUAGAAAUUUCAUCUGAGCUCACCUUCGCAUGGUUGGUGGAGGAUAAUGGAACUCAGGAAACACUGCUCACCCAAUAUCACCCCAUCAGCAAUUCCACGUUAUUUGAAGACAGAGUCAAGCCAGGUACAGAGUGCAGCCUGUACCUCUCUCCAGUCCACAUCCAGAGUGGUGGCCGGAAGUUCUCUUGCCAGGUUGUAGUCAGGUCUGGCAAAAUCUUCCGGCGCUCCACCACGGUCAGGGUUUUUGCUAAGCCAGAAAUCCCCACGAUUGUGGAAAAUAAUUCCAUGGGUGUCUUCGGAGAGAGAAUAUUUACCUGCUCACUGUGGAAUGUAUUUCCCACAGCAAAUCUCACAUGGUUUAUAGAGAGAAGCUUCCCUCAAGGUGAAAGAGAAGAAAUACACAUUACUAAUGAAAAGAGAAAAGACAAAGGAGGAUUUUGGGAACUGAAGUCUGUUUUGACAAGUGUGUAUGAUAAUAAACCGGCCCAGUCAAACAACCUGACCAUCUGGUGUAUGGCUCUGUCUCCAGUCCCUGGAAACAAAGUGUGGAAUAGCUCAUCCGAAAAGAUCACAUUUUCCUUGGGCUCAGUGAACCCUCCAACAGAUUCUCUGCUUGAUGCUACAGAAUCUACCCUUGGCACCCAGCCUUCUCCAGCCAACAGCAUAUCUCCUACAAAUGAAGAUACUGAAGCACAAAGAGGUUAAUAAUUAACUUGCCCAAAGUCGUGCAGAAAGUGAAACAACCUAAACAGUCAGCUGCAAAGCCCGAGUCUUACUGCCUCUGAGAGUACAUGAUGGGUGCUCAAUAAAUGUCGUUAGACAUUGAAUAAAUCCCUUCUAGUGUGAAGCUGGUAUUGCUGCUAUGAAAAGGUUAUCCAGCUCCAUCUUCAACAGCCCUUGUAGAUGUGACUACAUCGACUCCAAACGUCACCCCUCCAAGUGCUCAAACCAGCAAUUACGACCUGACUACCCGAGGCUUCAACUACUCCUGAACCUCCAGUGGGAAAGAUGCCAAAUACUG